UUUUGUAUGCUUUGGAAAGUUAAAAACAGUCCACAUCGCAGCACACACUUGCAGCGUGCGCGUUGCAUUGCAAUAUUUUUUCUGCCCUUUUAAAGACUACUUAUUAGCAAUCGGAUUCGCAUUUAUCUUUUCAAGAAAUUAUAUGCCUGUUUUCGGUUUUUUUCUCUCUACAUUUCAACACAAAAGCAAGUUACAGCGAACACGCUUCAAGGUUCUCAAGUGCAGGCAUCAGUGUAAACGACGAGAAGACGACGACCCAAGUGCUGACUUAGCCCGCGAGCCGCCCACCGUAACGCGUGCAAUGGCGACUGAAGUGGAGUCGUGGACCUCCGCUCCUCAGACCGACGGUGUUUUCUCCCUUGAGAAAGAGCAGGGGGCAGAUGAGGGUCUGUAUGACGAUCUGAACGAGGCUGAGGCAAAUGGGAACUGGACUCCACAGGAGAAAGCUCUCCAUGAGGCCCGGCUGAAGGCCAAAGCCAAGCGUCGUCUGCGCAAGUCUUCGUCUCGCGACUCCACGCGAGACUCUCUGUCUGAACCGUUGUCUGGGGAGCCGGGUACUGACCCCCACAGCCCCAAGGGCAAGACCCACAGCAAUGACCGCAAGUCCCGCACUGGCAAGGGCCGUGGCCUGCCCAAGAAGGGUGGAGCAGGGGGUAAGGGGGUUUGGGGAGCUGCAGGGAUGGUGUAUGAGAUGGAGGAGCCAGAUUCCAAAGACCCAAACUACGAUGAGUCUGCUCAGGGAGACACUAUUUAUGCAACAGUAGUCCCUGAGCUAGAAGAGGGAGAGCUGGAGAAGGCGGUGAACCCCAUUGUGCAGGAGUACUUUGAACAUGGAGACACCAGAGAAGUCGAGAUGCUGCUGAAGGAGCUGAACCUGGGCCCCCGGAAGUACGAGUUCUCCUCCCUGGCGCUGUCUUUGUCUCUGGAGGGCAAAGCUAGCCACCGGGAGCUCACGUCCCGCCUGCUGUCGGACCUGAUUGGGAAGGUGCUGACUGAAAGUGACAUGGCCCGUGCCUUCCACAAGACACUUCAGGAGCUGCCGGAUCUCAUCCUCGACACACCUGAGGCUCCACAGAUGCUCGGGCAGUUUAUUGCACGAGCCAUCGCCGACCACGCGCUGCCCAUGAAUUUUCUCAACCGCUACAAAGGCAAAGUGGACUGUGACCAUGCCAGAGCUGCUUUAGAUCGAGCGUCCGUGCUGCUGUCCAUGAAGAGAGAGAUGGUACGGCUGGAUAACGUGUGGGGAGUGGGUGGUGGACAGAGGCCUGUUAAGCAUCUUAUUAAAGAGAUGAACCUGUUGCUGAAGGAGUACCUUGUCUCAGGUGAGCUGUCGGAGGCGGAGCACUGUUUGCGGGACCUUGAAGUGCCACAUUUCCACCAUGAGCUCGUCUAUGAGGCUAUUGUUAUGGUGUUGGAGUCUAAUGGGGAGACAGCCAUUCAGAUGAUGGUGAAGCUUCUGCAGGCCUUUUGGAAAUCAGGCCUCAUCACUCUGGACCAGAUGAACAGGGGUUUCCAGCGCGUGUAUGACGAGCUACCUGAGAUCUGCCUAGAUGUGCCUCUUGCCCACUCCAUCAUGGAGGCGUUUGUGGAUGUUUGCUACCAGGAGGCUGUUAUCACUGCGCAGCUGAGAGAUGCCUGUCCCUCCAGAGGGCGAAAGCGGUUUGUGAGCGAGGGUGAUGGAGGCAUUGUUAAAAACUAAGAGGGACGACAGAUCUGCAUGCCCUGCCUCACUGUCUUUGAUGCCGCCCUGGAACCCAGUCGUCUGCCCAUCCUCUACACAGCCAGCACCACUCAGCCCAGCGGAGGAGGCGGGGGGUACACAGAGGGGGAGGGUGCUACUUUCCUUCCUUCUCUUCCUCAGAGGAUAGUUUUGGUUCUAGUUGUGUUUGAUUUGUUUUUUGAGGUUUCUGGUUGUGGGUGGGGCUUAAUCUGCUUUGCUACAAUGGUUAUGCUUUGUUUUUCGCAACAGUUUGCAUGUAUAAUGCAUAUAUGAAGCAAAAUAAUUAAAAAAUUAAAGAAGAAAGCAAAAAAAAAAAAUCCCCCCCCCCCC